AUGUAUAAUUCGAGAAAUUAUGAAUGGAUGAGAGCAGUAGCUGCACGAUUAGUGGCAUUUCAUAUAUGCAACAUACAAAGUUCUUCGUCCUGUUCCAUCCCCGAAUUUGUGUGCAACAUAGGAGCCUGGUUAUCUCGGUCACCGAUUCUCAAGAGUUAUGCUGAUAUCCUCAAUAAGAAUGAAGAAAAAGAAUCUCUGCUAAAACUAGAUGAAUGUAUCAAACACAAUCCACUGCAUGUAUUUCGUACAUCUAUCGCCGAGCCAUUAUUACAACUUAGCUGCUCAGAUCAGGGCUGUUUGGUGAUAGCCGUUGAUGGUGUGGACGAAGCUGAAUUUCAUAGAAGCGAGGAUGGUCGAUCAAUAGCCACGUUUAUCUGCAAUCUUGUCGCACAUCUUCCACCCUGGGUACGCUUUAUUGUUUCUUGUAAUGCCGACACUUCACUUUUAUUCGAUGAAAUAAUGACGAGGAGAAUUCGAAUAGAUGAUAUCGCUCUAGACGAACGAGUAGUCAGAGAUAGUCGAAUGCUCAUCGAAUAUCGUCUUUCAAUGGUCCCUGAGCUCGACCAUCACUUACUGACAAAUGCUCGCCGAUCGAUAAUUGAUCCAUUUGGAGAUCUAAUCGAUCGAGUAGUCUAUGCUGCAAGUGGCAAUUUGCUCUACAUUCGAGCGCUUAUCCGGUAAGU